UGUACAACAUGCUCAAUCAGAUUUAGCAAUUGAUGAUCUGUCAAUAUGUUUUGAAAAUAUGGCUAAAUUUAGAAAAUUUCUAAUUAGCAUUAAUUAUGAUGGACUAAUUGCAGCAUCAACAGAUAACACAAAACUUGAAGAAAAAUUACGUUACUCUACAAGCUUGGGCGCAAUUCUUGGGUCUACAUUGCCAUUACAAGAAACUUCAGUAUCUUCUUAUAACGAAAUUGAUACUAUUGUAAAAAAGAUUCAAACUAAUAAUAUAAUAGCUAAAUAUGUUUGUGUAUACAUUUUACAAGUUCUUGUUCCUAAAGUACCACUAUUUGUACUUGAAAUUAUUCUAAAUAAUAGUGAAAAUAUAUCUGAUCUUGAAUUUACUGACGAAUUAUACAGUUAUAUUUGUGAUUAUUUUGAAGGAAAUGUCAACGAUCUAAAUUCAAAUUUAAAAAUUUGGCCUACAGAUAAUGAAAUCAGAGUUCUUAUUAAUGAUACAUAUAAAGAAGCAAAUGCUUUAGCAAAGUGUAUUUUUAUGGUAGUUACAUUAAAUUCUGAAUUAUUAUUGUUAUCUUUAACUAAUUUCUUAACAAGUGACGAAAUAAUACUACUGAUUGAAGAAAAUUUAACAAAAGAAUUUCAAGAUAGAGAGAAGGUUUUAACAGAAAUUGUUGAAAUGAUAGGAAAUGUUGCAAGUUUAAAUUUACGAAAUGAUAUAGAUAAGGAUUUGAUAUAUGCUCCUUAUACUUUAAAAAAAAUGAUUCAAUCACAAUUUCAAGAAAGAGAUCACUAUAAUUCAUCGGGAAUUAAUCCAUCUAUUGCUAGCAAAAUG